AUGGCUUUAAGAAAAAAUAAUAUCAUCCAUUAAAAUCUCUAAAUCAAAUCUUUGGUAUUUACAUAGAUUUUAUUCUUUCUAUUUUGGCCUAAAUAUGUUAAUGCUUAGACUAUACUUUUUUCAUUUAAUUUACCUGAUUUGCCAUCUGAUUGCAAAUAGGCUUUGAUUGGAACAUGGAUUUCGCCUGAUGAUGGAUAUGCAUUAACAUAAUGCUCUACAGACUGCUACCAUAAAACAAACAGUUCAAUAAUUAGUUUUUUAAUGGACAGAAGAAAAAAUAAAAGUGGUGAUAUGCUGCUCAACUAUAAAAUUGGAGGUCAAAUCAAUUAUUCAAUUUUUCAGGUAGACCUCAUAUAUGUAACGGAAGGUGAUGUUAAGUUAAAUGUUGAUAUUAAUUCUAAGCUAAAUUUUUCUUUUGCUACUAUAAAAUAUUCAUAUUAUUUCGAUUUUUAUCGGGAUCUGUAUUGUUAAAGUACUUAGGUAACAAAAAAAGCAUCAUUAUCUUUCUACAAAAGUGAUGCUAACAUUUUGGAUAAUAAUUUAAAUAUCCAUUUUGAAAAAAUUAGUAAUGAUUAGUCAAAUUAUUACCUACUUGGUAUUAAGGCAAUUUAAAUAUCAAUGACUUGCUCUAUAACAUGUGAAAUAUGUUUAAAUGAUAGUAAUUGCGAUGUAUGCAAAUCCGGCUUUAAAAAAAUUACUCUACCAUCAGGUUUAUAAGUUUGUGAAUAAAUUACUAGUUGCUCAUAAAACUGCUUUCUAUGUGCUGUUAGUAAAACUGAAAAUAUAUGCACAUAGUGUUUCCCUGGUUAUUCUCUUUAAAAUAAUUAAUGUAUCUCAUUAGAUAAACUUAAUAUUUGUAAAUCUUAGCCAUAGACAUACUAUGCAGACCCUAAUUAAUGUAUCAAAUAUAACUUAAUUGCGGCUUUUUAUUAUAAUGGUUAAUAUCAAAGGACAAAUUAGGAAAUCUAUUCUUCUUAUAAGUGCCCUGAAAAUUAAGUAGUACUAAUAUAACCAUAAUCUUAUUAUAGUCUUUAUUUAUGUGGCUGUAUUACUAAUAAUUGCGCAAGUUGUCCUAAUUAUUAUUGUUCUACAUGCUCUGAAGGAUAUACCUUGACAAAUAGUUAAUGUGUAUCAACUUAUUCUACAUUCUAAGUAGAUCAAAGAAAUCCCCAAAAUUGCAUUUCGAUUAACUCUUGUGUUGUUAGUAAUUGCCAAACUUUUAAUGCCUCCCUUGCUCUGUUUCAAACUGCUUAUAAUGCUUCAAUGGAAAUUAUUAAAAAUGCUAAUAAUGCUCACAAAAUUACUCUUUAUCUUCUGACAAAUAGUAGUGCAUGCGAUGCUAAAUCUAAAAUUGUUUAACAUGUGAUCCAUAAAAUAAUUAAAUUUGUUAAGUUUGCUAAACAAGUACAUAUUUAAAUUCAGAUCAAACUCAAUGCCUACCUUGCAGUGUUUAAAAUUGUUAAGAAUGCUAAAGUACAAACAACUAUCUUUGUUAGAAAUAAUAAACCUUAACAACAAACGGUUACAGUGUGA